AGAGAGAGUGCGCGAAACCCGGAUGGAGGGGAAGAGACAGCAAGGAAGUUCCCGUCUUGGGCAACCGGAUAAUGUGGCUGGGAGGUGGGGCUGUUUUUUUUCUACUUCGCUGGAUCGGAGCGCAAAAUACGCAAAGACCGACCUGCGGCGUUUCCUUAUGUUAUAAGAAUCAAAAAUGACCAAUUCCAUAACACCUUCUACCUAUGUACGUUCCCUUGGCUAUGGAAUGAUGAGACAGCUAGCAGAUUUCAUUGAUCCACAAGAAGGAUGGAAGAAAUUAGCUGCUGAUAUAACUGAUUCAUCUGGUGCAAAACGAUACAACCAAAUGCAAAUAAGGCGAUUUGAAGCAUUAAAACAAGUAGGAAAAAGUCCCACCUGUGAAUUACUUUAUGAUUGGGGAACAUUAAAUUGUACAGUUAGUGAUUUGGUGGACCUUCUCAUCAGAAACCAGUUCUUGGCACCAGCAAGUCUUUUGAUUCCAGAAACUGUACUCCUACAUAAAAAAGGACCUCUUGUAGAAGGCAAGAAAAUAUCACCUGAAUGGUUACCCUUGGAUCCAAAUGAAGGUCACCUAACAUCAAAUAGUUGUGAUCUGAGUUCAGAGAACAACAGCAGUCACCUUAAUGAUACAGGAUUGAAAAGCUUCUUGUUUUAUGAGCUGAAAAGUAUCACAAAUAACUUUGAUGACCAAACUGUGUCAGCUGGUGGCAACAAGAUUGGUGAAGGAGGCUUUGGAGUGGUUUACAAAGGAUGCAUCAAUGGCCAAACAGUGGCAGUGAAAAAACUUACAGCUUUGGCUGAUAUAAGUAUCGAAGAGCUGAAAAAGCAAUUUGAGCAAGAAAUAAAGAUUAUGGCAAAGUGCCAACAUGAGAACUUAGUAGAAUUGCUUGGUUUCUCAAAUGAUUUUGAUCAGCCUUGCUUAGUAUAUGAUUAUAUGCCCAAAGGCUCCUUGCUUGAUAGAUUAGCUUGCCUGGACAACUCUUCACCAAUACCAUGGGAAACAAGAUGCAACAUUGCGUACGGGACAUCAAAUGGAAUCUCCUUCUUGCAUGAAAAUAACCAUAUUCAUAGAGAUGUUAAAAGUGCGAAUAUCUUACUGACAGAAACAUUUGUACCAAAACUUUCUGACUUUGGGCUUGCAAGGGCAUCGGUAAGAUUUACACACACUAUUCUAACAGAUAGAAUAGUUGGGACAGCAGCUUAUAUGGCACCAGAGGCAUUAAGAGGGGAGAUAACUCCUAAAUCGGAUAUCUUCAGUUUUGGCGUGGUAUUACUCGAAAUAAUAACUGGGCUUAGUCCUAUGGAUGAAAAUCGGGAUCCCCAGUUACUGCUGUCCAUCAAAGAGGAAAUUGAAGAUGAAGAAAAAACUAUAGAAGAUUAUGUUGAUAAAAAAAUCAGCAAUUUGAACAUCACCUCAAUUGAACAUAUGUAUUCAAUUGCUUCCCCGUGUCUGCAUGAGAAGAAGAACCGGAGGCCAGAUAUUGAAAGGGUCAAAGAACAUUUAAAAGAAAUGUUGAUUGAAUAAGAUGUCUAGUCAGUAGGUGUUUCAGUUUCAACUGGAUCUCGGAUCAACCUUCGGAUUCCUCUUUUUCCCACAGGCCCUUUUGGCUUAGCAAAACCUUGUUUGUGUGCAUGUCGUUUGGGAUGGACUUCUUCAUAGAGAAAUUCCGCAGUUAGUUCAUCUCCAUCAUCUAUUUCAAUCUGUUAUGAAAGGAGGAGAUAACAAUCCAAUUAAUUUUGAAAAAGGCUCCAUCCAGCAUAUAAAUAACUAUUAAAGAUAUAAAUCUUGAAAUGACCAUUUUAUAUACUUUAAAAAUCUUAUCAAAUCUGUCACCUAAUACUGUGUUUCUCCGAAAAUAAGACAGUUUUAUCAUUUUUUUGGCUACCAAAAAAGGCACCAGGUCUUAUUUUUGGGGGCGGAUGUCCACUGAUUCACCUCACUUGCACGCAUCAUCCCCAGCCUCUUUUUCACUAUCAGAGGCCUGAAGCAAAGCUUUCCUGAAGGCCUCUGAUAACAGAGCUCCGGAUCAAUCAGGGGCUCUGUUAUCUGCUAUGGAGGCCUUCAGGAAAGCCUUGCUGGCUGCAGCAGAAGAAAUGGGCCGAGGUGUGCGAGGCCUGGCUGCAACUAUCUGAAGAGAAGUAGUAGGGCAGCUCCACACCCCCAUCCCCAUCCUAGCUUAAUUUUUACCUGUGCACCCUGCAGUGAGUGGGGUCUUAAUUAGGGUUUAUUUUGUGGAAAGGGCUUCUAUUGGGCACAAGUGUAAAACUCAAGAUAGGACUUACUUUAUGAGUAGGUCAUAUUUUCGAGAAAACACGAUAGUUGAACUCAACAAAACCACCUAUGACCAUUUUUAAGCAUCAAAUAUAUAUAUAUAUAUAUAAUGGUAAUAGUACAUAAGAAAUGAUAAAUUGCUGAAUUUUCUUACCAUUUAAGGAUUAUUUUAUUGCAGUUAUUUUGAUAGUUUUAAAAGGAUAAACUUACAGCCUAGUGAAUGUAAUGAAAUAUUCCUACAGCUUAUCAGCCCUGGAUGCAUCUUUGGUCAGACUUUACAAGGCUGCCACAGUAAGAAUGGGAGAGUAGCAAAGGGAAUAAAUCAUAACAUUUUUUCACAUGAGAUCAAAGUCGAACUGCUGGCACCUGGAAGGAAGUGAAAGAAGUUUGGCGGCAGCUGAGACAGGGGAUUGAUUGGGGCAUGUGAUGUGAAUGUCACUGGACAGGGCAGGGUGUGAGUUUUAGUGUGGGUGGGGGAAACACGGGAUUUCAGAUUCAGGUUUUCUCCAGAUGUGCCAAUAUGACUUCUUAAUAAAAAUCUUACUUUGA